GGCUGGAACCAAGGACAUGCCGGGGUUGAAGAGAUACGAAGUGGCGCUGGAGGCAGAAGAGGAGAUCUAUUGGGGCUGUUUUUACUUCUUCCCUUGGUUGCGGAUGUGGCGAAGGGAAAAGAGCGCAGCACCCCCCCAGAGGCAGAAGCUGGAACCCCUUCCCCGCCUAGUGAGCUGCCUGUCCAGGGGCUUGGGCCCCCACCCCUCCAGGCGAAGCAGUCCCCGCCGUCCGGCAAUGCCUCCCCGGGGGACCCAACAAGCAUCAGUCUAUCGGGCCGGGGCUCAGCCGCUCCCCAGCAGUGCCGUGGAGUAA